AAAAAAUGGAAAUUCAUACAAACUUCAAUCCUCUCACCACCAAAAGCACUCACUAUCUCCCCAAACGUGCACAUAACCUCUCCGAAAUCCCUCAAGCCCCACCCAAAACCCAUUCAGGAAUACUCAAAAAACCACUAAAACCCCUCCACACCACCAACGCCCUCCAACCCCUCAUCCAUCUCAACCUCACCAAUCUUCUAACUCAAUUUUCCAAAGGCCAGGUCAGCCUCCCUUCUAUGUUCAAAGCUCUCGAUGAUAAAAUUAAUAGUGUGAAUUUGAAGAUUAGUGCACGGAUUAAUUCAAUCUCGAGUCAGUUGAGGACACUUCAAUUGGAAAGUCAUUCGAAAUCUCCGAGAAGAAGUCAGCCUAAGCCAAGGAUGGGUGAAUUAAAGAAUCCGAGGGAUGCUAUUGACAAUUCUUGACAAAUAAUCUCAAAUACUAGUUCUGGUCAUAAAGAAGGACCCAAUUCAACUGUUAAUUAUCAAUCAAAAUACAUCCCCUCAAAGAAAGCAUCGGAUCAGUCCAGGAACUGCUUAGGAAUUUCCUUUUACGGCUCGGAAGGUCUUCGUCCAUCUUUCAAAAAGAAAAAGAGAAAGGGAUUCAGCAACUAUCUCAACCAAAACCAAGAAGGUAAAUAAAGAAGUUCUUAAGAAGCAGAUUGACAAAGUACUUCAAAUAGAAGAACCAAAAUACAUCGAAGAAAAUUUCCAAAAUAGAGGAAUAGAGACUGAGAGACAAGAGACAACAAUUGACAGUAAAAUUUUUAGAGAGCUUCAAGACAGAGAUUUUAAGCCUAAGCUACAAACCUCCCAGUCGUAUUCAUCCUUCAAAGUCCCAACACCAGGCUUCUGUGUAAAUACAGUGUCAAGAAGACUUGCCAUGAAAAAUCUUGAGAUGAAAAGAAGCUCAAGUGGCAAAAAUUAUCAGAAAGUUUCCAUUAAAAUCCAACAGAAAGAACCAACCAAGAAGGGAUAUGCAGGAAUAGAUGAGAAAGAAAGACUAGAGAAGGCCAUAUCAAUGCCUACCUUCUUCUCCAACCUAAAAACAGGCUCGUCCUCAGUCACGAAAAAGAAGAAAUGCAAGAUCUCAAUGAACACAGGGAUCAGCAUUGAAAAACCAAGGUCUCAAUCCUUAUGGGAAAGAAAAUCCUCAGAAAGUAAAAAGUAUCAAUCAGAUCGUAGAAUUCUUCUAAAUAAAAAUCGAAAAUAUUGCGUAUGCCGUCUUCUUGAUUUGUCUUCCUCUACUAAAAAGACUAGAUUAAGCCAAGCAGAUGAUCAAGAAAAUUCUGAGUCUAGUUCAUUUUUAUCUGAGAAAACACAAACAUUUGAUAAAUCCAACCAGUCGCCGAAGUUAUGUGGGCUGUAUUGCCAGCAUACUUCACCUGAAAUUCAGGCAAAUAUCAUUAGAAAAGUUCUCUGCCAUGCUAAUAGGAAUGAAGAAAUUACUUAUUCAGCAGCCAUCAGAGCUUCUACUGGAAAACAAGGGGAUGAGAAAACCCUUGUUAAUGCAAAAUGGUGGAGAGACUGGUGUGAUUAUGUUAAUUUUGAGACUACCUUCUCAUCCAGUACCGACCAGCCUCUUAUUUCAGUCCUCAACACAAAGUCCCUAUCCAAAAGAGGUGCUCUAAACUCUCAUAAUGCCUUGGAGUACACUUACAAAGACCCUGGGAUAAUCCGAAAUGCUGAACUCCUCGAUAUGCGUAAUUCUUCCUUCUACAACCAUAACCUAAAACUUGGGCUGCAAGAAAACCAUGACUACAUAGCUAUUCCCAUUGCUGCUUGGAUGUAUAUUUCCUCAUGGUAUGGCUACGAUUUCAGGAUCAGCAAACAACUGACAAGAUGCAUCACCAAUCCUAAGAGCUGAAUCCUUAAUAUUUAUCCAGACAAGGACGAGUACGAAGUUGAAAUAUCAAGAAAUCCAAGCUAUUAUAAGUAUAGCAAAUAAAAUUCACCACAAUGAUUGUAAAGAAAAUGAAAGAGAA